UCUCACUCAUAAUAGAUCGACAGAUGUACAAAAAAAAAAAAAAGGAAUUAGUCCUCUUUUAUUUUUUUAUUUUUUAUCUGUUGAUUAGGGCCGGAGGAAAGUAUUGUUGGGUUGGUUUCCUACCUGCGUGUUCCCUCCCACCCACCCUUUGCAUGCAUUUUCGGGUUGGUACAGUAACACGUCAGACACAGUGCCACAUCAGCAACAUGACGGGCCUGCCAGGCCAAUUGGCCAAUGAGCCCAUUGCCGACUACAAAAAGCGCUUCCAGGCUCAGCUCGCUGCAAUCGAGGCUGAGGAACAAAGCCAGCUGGCAGUCAAGGCUGCCCAGCUACAGGCUGAAGAAGAGGCAACAGUAGAGAAGCUGCGGCUACAGGCCGAAGCAGACGCAGAUGCCCAAGCUCGCCGCAAGGAAGCCCAGGAUCUGCUGCAGCGGCAUGAAGCCAGCAACAUCGACAGACUCAAGUUCUGGCUCUUUGAACCGAACGGCGACGAACCAACACCGGAAGAGAAGCAUAAGGAGUUCAUGGCCAAGCUCGUGACCAGGUUGGUUUAUACUUGUAACCACCUACAGUCCGAGCUGGCGAACCUCCAGCGGGCCGUGCGGAACCAUAAGACUCGGCACGAGGAUGCCACACGGGUACUAGAUGUCCGUGUACUGGACCUGGAACAAGCUGUCCCAGGACCAGAUGCUGGGGCUUCCAGCAGUGCAUCCUCUAGCCGCCAACUGGAGGAACGCGUUGACCACGUAGUGGCAAUGCUAGGAGACAUAAGUGCCUUCACAGAGCCGGCAACCAUCAGCCAGCGGUUCGAGUUGCUGGACACUAAGAUCAGUCAGCAACAGCCGACCGACCACAGCCACAACAACAGCUCGGCAAGGCCAUACAAGAUGCCGAUGUUCCGCAUCGAGAAAUUUGAUGACUACACACAUCAAGACCCGGUCGUUUGGUGGCAAGGAUUUACAACGGAGUUGGGGAUCCACGAGGUCCCUGACCAUCUGUUCAUCAGUGCUCUAUUCAUCAACACCAAGGGAGGAUGUCAAAUCUGGCUCAACCACAUGGCAACCAUCCACGGCGUCCAGGUUUCAGACCUGCAUAAGAAGGUCACCUGGGAGGAUAUGACAAAGGAAUGGAAGAAGCGGUUCAUAGUGGAUGACGCACCCGCGCUCGCCAUCAACCGCAUCUUCGCGAUGGCUCAAGGGAGCACACCGACACGUGACUGGCUCACGGAUUGGCAGAAGAUCGUGGCCACGCCCGAUCUGGACUUGCCAUUUCCGCAUCUGCGCCGUGAGUUCUACAACAGGUCAUGCGCCGCUCUCAGCCUCGCACUUGGUGAUCGCGAGCAGUACAACACUUUCGCAGAGAUCAUCUACAAGGCGAGAGAGAUCAUCAAGACCAACAGGGCGGCCGCACACGAGAAGUCAACGUGGCAGCCAACCUAUGUGGAGAAGGUACGAACUGGUCCGCGCCAGCAGCAGUUCGCUGUAGUCCAAUCGAACAGUGGAGAAGACCAAGCAGCCACUCCAGCAUCACGUGAGGGAGAUCAGGUGGCUGUUGUCCAGCCGCGAAGCAACAAGCCCCGAGUGAACAGGAAGGCGAAACCAGCAUCGCAGGCCGGAAACGGACAGCCAGCACCACCAUGGGUCAAAAUCGGCUUAACUGAGGCCAAGUACAAGUACCGCAACUGUUACGGUUGCUGUUACUGGUGCAACAGCACCAAGCACAAGACCUCCAUUUGCCAAGAUCAGGCCAAGGAGGAUGUGCGGCCUCAUUUGACCGCCUUGCUAGCGGCCUCCUACACAUCUGGGGAGGACGCGCAUGUCGCAAGUCCUCGGCACACUUACAAGGAUUAUGUUGUCCACUUGGUCCCACCGCUGGAACCAUCUACCGCAUGCACGGUUUCAUCACCAUCGGCAACCGAUUCGGCAGCUUCGCCGCUAUCUAUCGCUGGGGAUUCAUCGUCGUGGUCAAGACUUGAGGUGCUCGACCCACUGACGUUCACGGAUUUCCAAUGGAUGCCCGUUCCCCAGACCGGACGAUUGCCGAAACCGCAUUGCAAUGUGCUCAUGGCACAACUGCGAGAUUACUUGCACACUGCAGUACCAACUCCGUUGAUGGACGCCGGAGUAGAGGUUGUCGACCUUCACGCUUACAUUGCGAAGAUCUACCGCGAGUUCAAGAUGCAACGGUACGACGACAUCGACGCACCGUUGCUAUAUGUACGCAUUCAAAUCGGAGAGACGACCUGCAACACCUUGAUCGAUUGCGGAGCAUCUCGCAACUACAUCAGCCAGAACUUCAUGGUGCGCGCCGGCCUUGGCCCACGUGUCCGGAGGAAGUCCCAGCCUACGCAAGUCACUUUGGCAGACGGUCAUACGCACAAGUCCAUCCACCGGUGCAUUGACGCCGUCCCCGUGUACUUUGCCCCUCACGCAAGUGACGCGGUGUCCUUUGAUAUCCUGGACACCAAAUUUGACAUGAUCUUGGGCAUGUCAUGGCUGCGAAGCGAGGAUCACCCGGUGAACUUCUUCCACCGCACCGUUCACAUUCGCGAUCGGAACGGAGUAUUAGUUCCAGGCACAGUACCUCUUCCUCAUCCUUCGAUCAGCUGCCACGUGGUAUCCGCCGCAAGCAUGCGAGCAUCCAUCAUCAGAGACGACAUCGAGGAGAUGGGGGUGUUUUCUCCACGCCCUCCCGCCCCGAGACGCUUCAUCGACGGACUCAUCUUCGGAUCCACGCAUCACCGAACUUCUCGACGCCUACAGCGACGUGUUCGAAAGCCCGCACGGAGUAGCUGGAUUCGGCCUAGCUCAUCGCCAUACGGUGCUCCUGUCCUCUUCGUUCGGAAGAAGAACAAGGACAUGCGAUUGUGCAUCGAUUAUCGCAAGCUCAACGCGCAGACGAUCAGGAACGUCGGCCCUCUUCCACGCAUCGAUGAUCUUCUCGAGCGACUAGGCAGCGCCAAGUUCUUCUCCAAGCUGGAUCUCAAGUCAGGGUACCACCAACUUGAGAUUCGCAAGGAGGAUCGCUACAAGACCGCGUUUAAAACGCGAUAUGGGCAUUUCGAAUGGCUGGUCAUGUCAUUUGGCCUUACGAAUGCCCCGGCCACUUUCCAAGCGGCUAUGACAACGGAGUUCCGACACAUGCUGGAUCGAUACGUACUUAUCUUCCUCGACGACAUCCUGGUGUACAGCCGGAAUUUGGAGGAGCAUGUGGAACACCUGCGCACCGUUUUGGAGCGGCUACGACAAGCCAAGUACAAAGCCAACCGCGACAAGUGCGAAUUCGUGCGGCAGGAGCUAGAGUACUUGGGACACUAUGUGAMGCCGMAAGGCAUCCGUCCGCUUGMGGAYAAGAUCGAGGSCCUACGAGUAUGGCCCGAGCCCACCAACACCACGGACGUUCGUUCAUUAAUGGGAUUGGCGGGCUACUAUCAGCGAUUCAUCACCAGAUACUCCAGGAUUGCUGCACCUAUGACGAGGUUACAGUCGCCAAAGGUGCCAUUCGUGUUCGAUGACGACGCACGCCGGUCAUUCCAAGCACUUAAGACGGCUAUGCUCAUGGCACCCGUCCUUAGCAUCUAUGACCCCACCCUACCAACGCGAGUGACUACGGACGCUUCCGGCUAUGGCAUUGGGGCCGUCUUGGAACAGCACGACGGCGACGACUAGCACCCCGUGGAGUAUUUCAG